GCCUAAAUUUUCCUCUAAGCUAACCUUGAAAAUGGACGGAAUCUCUCGUUUUUCCAAUCGACUUGUCCCGCAAUCCCAAACUUGAACUUGUUUGGAAGCAAUAGAGGCCUGCUCAACAAGAGGCUCUGAAACUUUUGUUUUUUCCAUGACGGGAGUAGAAACCAGGGGGAGUAGCAUGGACACGGAAGUUACAAUAUGUCAUUCUUUGACAUAUAUGGAAAGUGAAAAAGGAUCCGGUAAGGAGUACUCGGAAAGAAAUGACGUUGGUGUAUCUGUGGAUAGGGUUAGCAUGAAAGUGCGCGACGAGAAUCAGCAGUUUACUUGUAUUCUUUGGUACUCGAGAAUCGGCAAUCAUGGGGUGCACAUCAAGCCAGGAAGAAACUCUGGCAAAAGAGAGGGACAGAACAAUUACUAAAGAGUUGAAGGCAUCUGGAAAAAUGGCAUCAAAGGAAAUUAAACUAUUGUUAUUGGGAACAGGAGCAUCUGGCAAAAGCACGAUCGUGAAGCAAAUGAAAAUUAUUCACGAUAACGGUUUCACGCCAGAUGAAAGCAUUGGUUACAAGUCGGUUGUCUUCGCCAAUAUUAUACAAUCUAUGUUAGCCAUAGUGAAAGCCAUGCCUCGACUGGGUAUCGAAUUUACAGACUCUGAGCGUGAACACGACCAGCAAAAACUGUUAUCGUUGCUUGAUGAUUGCGAGGAUGGUUGCCUGACAGAGGAAGUUUUCAAUGCUCUCGAGAAUCUUUGGGCUGACGAAGGAGUAAAGGCCUGCUUCAGUCGAUCCCGGGAAUAUCAGCUGAACGAUUCUGCUGGCUAUUAUUUAUCUGAUCUUGGGAGAAUUCGAGCUCCUAACUACAUUCCGACUGAACAAGACAUUUUAAGAUCACGGUUAAGAACUACUGGGAUAGUCCAGACAAGGUUUACCUACAAAGGGUUGCAUUUCAAUAUGUUCGAUGUUGGUGGACAGAGAUCUGAGAGACGAAAGUGGAUUCAUUGCUUUGAAAAUGUGACAGCGAUUAUUUUUUGUGCUGCCUUGAGUUGUUAUGACCAGGCUCUUGCAGAAGACGAAAAAACAAAUAUGCUGAUAGAGAGCAUCAAGGUUUUCGAGGUUAUAUGCAACAGUGAAUGGUUCAUAAAAACACCCAUGAUCCUCUUCCUGAAUAAGAAAGACCUUUUCGCUGAGAAGAUCACCAAAUCUCCGUUGAGUAUCUGUUUUCCAGAAUAUGCCGGCGCUGAUGAAAAGGAAGAAGCUGGGGAGUUUAUAAAAUCAAAGUUCUUUGCCGUCAAAAGUCGUGAGAGUGGCAAGGACAUUUAUACUCAUUAUACUUGUGCAACAGAUACAGAGAACAUUCAGGUUGUCUUUGAUGCAACAACUAGUAUUAUAUUAAAGAAAAAUAUGGCAGAAUGCGGCAUACAGCUAUGAAAACAUAUAGAUAUUUGCAGAAACAUGUAUUUGCGUUAUGUACAGGGAUUCGGUUUUACGAAUAAGGAUUGUAUUUUAUCAGAAAAUUGUUAAUAAACAGUCUGGGUCCCGGUCUCUCGUCUUAAGUGAUGGUUUCAAAAAUUCCCUUGAAAGAAAUUUUUAUCUCAAAAUAGGGUAGUUGAUCUCCCCUCAACGUCCUGUAAGCAUGUAGGAGUUGCUGAGUAAUGUCUACUGUGGUUGCCUGUAGCUUUGUAUUUGGUUAAACCAGCCCUACAUGUACAUGAAAGGAAAUGUUUUAUUGCAUAACUUGGCCCAGAAAUUGAUGUCGAGUCUGUAUAAGCGCUGUCUGCGGUUUUUAACAUUGUCAGUGAAUUAAAAGAAUUGUUUAAAAGUACGUUUUAUGAACAGAAACAGAUCGUAUUGGCGAGUUUCAUUUUGAUUUUCUCUUAGGUACAUUAACAGGAAGUUUUUGUGGUAUGACAGAGUUGCCGUUAACCGGCAUGCUAGCACAAGGACCGGAUGCUUAAUAUAACAACACCGACAAAUGUUGCUAAAAAGUCUUGUCGACUUGGCAAAAGAAGGCAGACUUGCUGUACUUCCUCCAAAAAACGCAUAGUCAUUUAUCAAAGUUGUAUAAAAUAUGGUGCGGCGCUAAAUAGAACGGGCGUUUAUUCUACAAUUGAAAAGUUUGACAUUAAAAAUGAUAUUUUGGUUGGUCUUUGAGAUGGUUGAUAGCGGGCUGGCCCGGUUUACCGAGAAGGAAUAUUUUUGGUGGAAUCCCGGUAUCAAUAGCAUGCAUUGUGUUUAGCAAACUUUCGAUUACUUGGGAAACGGGUAGCCCGGGAUCCCGCCUUCUGCUUACUCUUAGCCCGGCAAAGCGGGCUGCAAUUUAAUGUUUUUCUCAUGUAAUCCAUUCAAACCGGGCCAGCCAGGCAAUGCUGGAUGCGAAUUUGAACGACUCAUGCGCUAUCGGGCGUGAUAACAUAAAUCAAAUCAUAAAGCCGAAGAAAAGACAUUAGAACAACCAAGACUUUUAGCUGAAAACGGUUUUUUGACGAGCUUUGCGGCCAUUUUUAAUAUCAAUUUUCCCUCCAAAAUUUUUACCGCUAAUUUACAGGCCGGGCUGGUGUAAUCAAUAUAAUUGUGAGGAAUUUGUAGCCUGGUUGACCCGACCAGCACUCACAACCGGGCCAGCCCGCUGCUAAUAUUUCGUUUGGUCAGGAGGAAAUUCUAACAGCUUGUUAUUGGUUGCUCUUAUAACCAGGUCGUAUAAAGGAUAUAUUUUUAGCUUGAUGACAAUAAUGAUCUAUAAUUAGUAAGCAGUAAUAAUCAAAAUCCCUGUGAAGUUGAAAAUUAGCAUAUUAAGCUUAACUUAACAGCAGGUUAUUUAAAGUAACAUGAACCAGUAGAAUCGAUGUGUGUUGCUUUUAUAAAAAAGGGUGUUUAUUUGAAAAAAAUAGUUAUCAUUAUUUCAUUUAUAUUUUAGUUUCCAGCAAACUAUUAUUAGCUUAACCCGAACCGUCAGUAGAAUUUCAGAGAUGGGGGCACAGUGAGGGAGGGGCAUAAUGUUUCAAUAACAUGUAUCUAUGUAGUUCAGUUAUUUGUAUGUACUGUAGAAUUUUGAAUUGUAUGUGGAGAAUUUGAAUUAUAUAUAUAU